AAGGUCAUCUACUUGGGCCAAGUGGGGGGUGGCAGGGAGGGGACAACUGUUGUGGAUCUGGAACAGUGCCUGCAAAAGGGGGCCUGAGGUGUGAGCACCCCUUUCCUCCACAGGGGGACUGCCACCACCCCCACAGACACCCAUGGUUCAUUGCCCACCAGCGUCCUGCCCGCCCCAGCAUUCUCCGCGGCACAGAGAAGCUGAGUGCCCCGGGGAGCCCGGCUACCAUGCCAUCUCCUCUCCCCCUCUCCUGCCUCUUCUUCCUUACCCUUGUAGGAGGCAGGACCCCCCAGAAGCCGAUCCUGGUGGAGGUAGAAGAGGGAAGCAACAUUUUGCUGCCAUGCCUCCCGGACCCCUCACGGGUCUCUUCUGAGAAGCUGGCCUGGUAUCGAGGGAAUCAGUCAACCCCCUUCUUGGAGCUGACCCUAGGGUCCCCAGGCCUGGGCCUGCAGGUGGGGCCCCUGGGAAUCUUGCUAGUCAUUAUCAACGUCUCGGACCAUAUGGGGGGCUUCUACCUGUGCCAUAAGAGCCCCCCUUUCAAGAAGGAUACCUGGCAGCCUGCCUGGACAGUGAACCUGGAGGACAGUGGGGAGCUGUUCCGCUGGAACGCUUCGGAUAUAAGGGACAUGGACUGUGGCCUGGAGAACAGGUCUUCAGGGAGCCACAGGCCCGCUUCUGGUUCCCAAAACAUUUCCUGGCUGUAUGUGUGGGCUAAAGACCAGCCUGAGGCCGUGAGGACAGGGUCUGUAUGUGCCCCACGGAGGGUCAGUCUGAAUCAGAGUCUCAUCAACCAAGCUCUCACUGUAGCCCCUGGCUCCACACUUUGGCUGUCCUGUGGGGUACCCCCUGUCCCAGUGGACAGAGGCUCCAUCUCCUGGACCCAUGUGCAUCCUUGGAGGCCUAAUGUUUCAUUACCGAGCCUAAGCCUUAGGGGAGAACACCCAGUCCGAGAGAUGUGGGUUUGGGGGCGUGUUCUGUCACUGCCUCAAGCCACAGCUUUAGAUGAAGGUACCUAUUAUUGUCUCCAUGGAAACCUGACCAUCGAGAUGCAUGUGAAGGUCAUUGCAAGGUCAGCAGUGUGGCUCUGGCUGCUGAGGACUGGUGGAUGGAUGAUCCCAGUUGUGACUAUAGUCUAUCUCAUCUUCUGUAUGGUUUCUCUGGUGGCUUUUGUCUAUUUUCGAAGAGCCCUUAUCCUGAAGAGGAAAAGAAAGCGAAUGAUGGACCCGGCCAGGAGAUUCUUCAAAGUGACCCCUCCCUCAGGAAACGGGACCCAGAAUCAGUAUGGGAACGUGCUCUCCCUUCCGACACCUACCUCCGGCUCAGCCUACUCUCAGCGUUGGGCGGCUGGCCUGGGGAGUGCCAGUGGGUCCUAUGGCAACCCGCGCAUUGAAGUCCAGGACACUGAAGCUCAGAGCCAUGAGACAGAGCUGGAAGAAGAAGGGGAGGCCUAUGAAGAGCCAGACAGUGAGGAGGGUUCCGAGUUCUAUGAGAACGACUCCAACCUUGGGCAGGACCAGCUUUCUCAGGAUGGUAGUGGUUAUGAGAACCCUGACGAUGAGCCCACGGGUCCAGGGGAGGAAGACUCCUUCUCUAACGCCGAGUCUUAUGAAAACGCCGACGAGGAGCUGGCCCAACCUGCUGGCAGGACAAUGGACUUCCUGAGCCCCCAUGGAUCUGCCUGGGACCCCAGCCAAGAAGCAUCCUCGCUUGCAGGGUCCCAGUCCUAUGAGGAUAUGAGAGGGAUACUGUAUGCAGCUCCCCAGCUCCGAUCGAUUCAGUCUGGCCCCAGCCACGAGGAAGAUGCAGACUCUUAUGAAAACAUGGAUAAAUCUGAUGAUCUAGAGCCAGCAUGGGGAGGAGAAGACCAUAUGGGGACUUGGGAUACCAGGUGACUCCCAAGUGACUAGCCCGGGCUUCCUCAGGCCCCAAGAACCACAUCCAACUCUGAAAUCUGGAGGUCCCAAGCAGAUGGUGUCGGUCACUGAAAUAACCUUGUUUAGGAUGUGUGUAUGUGGACACACACACCCUCAAAUGCAUGUACAAAGCUUCCUUCCCACCCUUUUUAUUUUCCCCAAAUAAACUCAACAAGCCACUCAA